ACACAGGGGGUUUUCUUCACAAGCAGAUUGAGGAGGAGGGACUAUAUGUGCAAGUUGCGUACCUGGGUGACAACCUCACCCCUGACUUUCUGAGGAACAACCUGCGUAUCUCGGGCAACCGCUCCGUCCUCGUCUUCCACUACCACCCGUCCGCGCUGCUGCAGGAGUUCAACUUCACCAGCAUCUCGUUCCCUUCCUGCAAACUUGAGACGAGCACUCCCGACUACCUGUGCCACUACGAGCUGCAUCGCUUCAAUAAAUACAUCAGCACCCGCCUGGAGGUCUACGCUGAAUCUGUAUACAAAGUUGUGGAGCGCUUGGCGCCUGGGGCGCACGAGUUCUCGUCGCUGCUCGCCGAAUAUUCCCGCCACCUGACGCGCCGGUCCAACUACUCCAGCAUCGCCUGCGAGUGGCUGCAGAAAAAUAAUGACUGGAAAAAUUGGAGGUUCUCGGCGCGCCCCACGAAUCUUUUCGUGCUGGGCUUCUUUCCUGUAACCGCUCAAGGCUCUGAGUCUCGGAAGCCGACAGUGGCUGCCAACAACAAUACGAGCGUCGACACCAGCAAGUCGAAGCACAGCUCAUACUGGCUCGCCAAGAACAGGUUUGCUGCGCCUGGCACCGUCCCUGCCUUCUUUCUGGCCAUUGAACACAUCAACUCGAACAAGUCCAUCUUACCCGAGUAUGUCUUGAAUGGCAUAGCGCUCAAUGACGAGUGUGAGCGCGACAUGGUCAUGGCUCAGUUUAUCAGUAUUAUCAAAUCUUACUCUAAAAACAACCUCAAGAAAACUGUUGGCAUAAUUGGUCCUGCUUGUUCCGAUACACUCGUACCCUUAGCAGGCGUCCAAAACCAUUUCAAAAUACCAAUGAUAUCAUACGGGGCUGAAGGGGCAAUUUUUUCUGACCAAGCAGAGUAUCCUUUCUUCUUUCGAACAAUUCCCGAGAACAAGAUCUACAGGCACGUCUUCUUGAAACUGUUCCUGGAGCUUGGCUGGAAGAGAAUAGCCUCGAUCACGGAGGAAGGUCAGCGUUACGCUGAGUAUGUGACGCCGCUGCGGGAGGUGUUGGAGCAGCACCACAUGGAUUUCCUUAUGCGGAAAUAUCGUGCCGACCCCAAGUCCCUUAGUCUCAAGUCCCAUCUAGAAGUCUUCAGACAGCAGCGGUCAACUGUUAUUAUAUGUGACUUUUAUGAAGAUGUUGCCCGCAUUGUCGUCUGCUUAGCAUACCAUAAUGGAAUGACUGCCCGAGAAGGGUAUGUUUGGUUCCUGCCGCAAUGGUACUCUAGGGAUUGGUACGAAAUGCCCGUUGAGAACGCUGAUGGGUCUCUCCCCGAGUGUACCCGCGAGCAAAUGCUGGAGGCUUUAGAGGGACACAUGUCUCUUUCUUAUCGGUACUUCGCAGACCCAGACCAAGUAAUGCAGUGGAACGCAACAGUCAAAGAGUGGCAGGAAGCUUACGAGAAAAAAGUGAAUUACUCCUCUACGGCCAAGUCGGACUAUGCCGGCUUCACGUACGAUGCCGUCUGGAGCCUCGCUCUUGCCCUUGAUAAGAUGGCUAAUGAAGACCGAUCUCUGACAGUGGACUUGCGGUCUGACCAGAGUGCUGACAUGAUCAUUAAGAAGUUGGAGUCUCUGAAGUUUAAUGGCGUGUCUGGAGAAGUGAGCUUCCAGGACAGUCACUCUCGCGUGACGGACGUGAUCGUGCGGCAGUUCCAGAGCGGCGAGUACACUGAAGUUGCCAAGUAUCUGGUCCAUGGUAAAAACGAAUCUUAUAACAGACUCGAGCUUUAUAAAUCGAAGCUUACAUGGCCUGCUGAAUUUCCCAGGGAUAAAUUAGAACCUUGUGUAGUUGAAGGCUUCAGGUUCAUUUUGGGCGUGUCCUGUACAAAUGCCAUAGUCAUGCUGUGCCUUUUACUCUUCAGUGUCACAGCAAUUUUCCCGGUCGCGUGCGUUUUCAUCAUCAAGCGUAACUAUGAUCGCAAAGUGAAGGAGCUACAAGCCCUGUGGAGCGAGUGCAAUAUCUUCAACAUGUUCACAGGAUGUCAAAUUAGACGUGACAACCUCGUCCUCAAUAGGCGUGUUGGAGAAGGCCAGUUCGGCGUCAUAUACGGCGGUGAAUGUAACAUCGAAAACCAUGGCUGGAUUGCCGUUGCUGUCAAGACUCUGAAGCCCAACUCGACCAUUGCUGAGAAGAAAGAAUUCUUGUCUGAAGCAAAUCUUAUGAGAACCUUGCAGCACGAGAACCUGGUUCGGUUCAUAGGCGUCUGCAUCGACACUGAACCAAUUUAUGCCGUCAUGGAGUUCAUGUUGUAUGGUGAUCUGCAGAAGUACUUACUGGCGCGUCGUAACCUCGUGUACAAUUCAUCUCGUAACGACAACGACGAGGUCUCCAACUUCCGCCUCACGUCCAUGGUCAAGGACGUGGCUAAAGGCCUGAACUAUUUAGCCGAGAAUAAAUACGUGCACAGAGAUCUCGCUUGUAGGAAUUGCCUCGUCAAUGUCAAUAAAACUGUUAAGAUUGGCGACUUCGGCAUGACGCGGCCUGUCUUCGAAACUAACUACUACCGAAUAAAGCACAAAGCCAUGGUUCCUGUGAGAUGGAUGGCUCCCGAAUCUCUUAAAGAAGGAUUUUAUUCGUCCAUGUCUGACAUGUGGUCUUAUGGCGUCUUGUUGUACGAGGUCAUUACAUUCGGGGCUAUUCCCUUCCAAAACAUGAACAACGACCAAGUGCUGGAGUACGUCAGGGACCAGAACACCCUCAUUGUGCCCCCCAACCUUGACCCUUUACUUGAAGAACUCUUACUGCAGUGCUGGCAGAUCUGCCCGUCUCGGCGGCCCACGGCCUUGCAGGUCAUCAACUUGCUCAACAGAUAUCCUAUGUUGGUGAGCCCCAGCCUGGACUCCCCGCAGACGUGCGUGCCAAUGGACAGCGGCAAUACAGCCACCUUACAACCAAUGAACCCCCGCAUGCAGGCACGACCCACUCCCACCUCUACGUCGCUAUCAAGGCGUCUGUCUUUGCACCCACAAAGACAUGGAAGUCACAACGGCAUGAUCUCCCAACCCUCUGUGUCCGUCCUACAGGCGUCGCGUCAGUCUUCAUUGUCGUCGUCGUCUUCAAACAACCACGCAGGGCGCCACAGCUCCGGCGGCUCCUCUAGCAGCGCGGGGCUUUUCUCGAAUGGCCGCAAGCGCUCGAUGAGCGGCAACAUGGCCGUGCCGCCCAUCACCAGCAGCUUGAGUGACUCCACGAUAGGCGGCUUCACUUUAGGGCAUCAGCACAACACCAUCGAAGCCCUCAACCUGUCCGUGAGUGGCGUUGUCGUAGAGGAGAGGAAUGAAGACAGUGAGCAUUUGGGGGCCAUCAAUUGUGGAGUGGAUGCUGGGGCUGAAGAAGGCGAGCACCAGAGUGGUGACAGCAGCGGUUAUGCCAGUACAGGCACCGGUACGGGGGGCAGCACCUCGUCUAAACGUAACGAGACUCCUGUGUCUGCGGUGCAUUGCACUAGUCCUGGCGUCAAGAGCAACAGCCAUAAUCAUUGCGCAGCGCUGUCCUGUUCUCCCCCUCAGUCCAAGUCCCGGAAGAUGUCGGUGUUUGGCCCGUGUCCGAGUGUCAAGAGAGCGUCUCAUGUAGCGUCCUGUUCACAUCCUGCUGCUAGUGAGGAUCACAUGUUUUAUUUAUCUGAGGACAACAGAACAUUACGGCCAGAGAAUAGCAAUGUUUAUCAUAGAAGUGGUGGUUGUGGAGAUGACGAGAGUGCUAUCCCUUUAUUAUCAUUAGGGCGCGAGUGUUACAGUAUCGGUAGGCAAAGUGAAGUGCCCGCGUUGAAUAAUAUAGCUUUCAGUGAACAGAAAAGAACUCCUUUAGAACUUUGUGACGACCCGUUUAAAGCUAUUAUCUGUAAAGGCAUGUGCGCUUCUACAUACAGCAAUAAGAGCAGCAGCAGCACCAGCAGCAGCAGCACCACAACCAGUGCGGCGCCCAGCCAUGCUUGACUCUGGCUUUCCAUAGUAAUCUUUUAUUGUCAUGAAAUAAUUUAUAAAUUAUCUCUCCGAUUCAAUCAAGCUUUUAUUGUUAUGUAAGAAUUUUUAUGUUAUCUCAACGAUUGAAUCAAGUUGCUCUUAUUUUGUCGAGAAGGAAUUGAUAUUUACUCUGGGACUUGAAGCACUCACCGCUACACGCCUCAGUUGAGCUCAAGAGCGACCCAAGGCUCCAGCAUUGCUGCUAUGCGUCAAGGAACGUAAGCUCUGAAGCGUAGCUUCAUCGUUCAUGUCGUGCGUGAACGUGUGCGAGGGUCGGAAUGUUGACGACUUGACUUAAAAAAAACAUAUAUUGAUCAUUUAGAGCCUCGUUUUAUCGUCAGAUUACAGCCAAGUUAUUCAAUUUGCAUCAUUGUUGUUUAUGUUAGUCCUUGUUUAUCUGUUUAUCUAAAGUUAUCUAUUUGGUUCAAGGUGGGCUUGCAUAUCGUAUUCUUAUAUUUUUACUCAUUAAACUAAGCCGUGGCAGCUGUAAUUACAGUUUGAAACUCUUAGUGAAAUUUUUCACAUCAGACUUGGUACUCGAUUCACAUAUUCAUCGUACGACUUCUUUUUGUCGACGAGCAUUCUGCGUCAUAUUGUGCUUCAAUAAUUUAAUGAAAUUAUAGAAAUUUCGUAGCACCUGAAAGACUGAAACUGUGAAUUUAGGUGGCGGUGCUGUGCUCAUCGUAGGAGCUUCUAUUCAUAUAUGCAGCUCUCGAAAGCGCACAUUACUGCAGGAGACUACGUUUGCAUAAUUCCGCAUUUGUGAGAUUAUAUGCAACAACUCGUCCUUACCAGACUUUGAUUGCAAUGAAUGUAUUCGAGGCAUGGCAGUCUGCUUGCCUUGAAUAUUACUUGCGCUUAGCCAUUUAUUGGUUCUCUCGUUUAUCAUCGUUGCUGUUCAUCUCAUUGUUCAUCGUAUUGUUCAUUUCAUUGUUCGUGUGAUUGUCGGUGUUUGCCGACGAUAGUUCGUACGUAAAGUGCGCUGCCUUGCAUGCCGUCCGUCCCGCGCGCUGCCUGCCCAUAAACAACCCAUCUCUCGACUAAUUUAUACUCACGAACUAUUGUUCUUCGCAAAAUCAACUCUAAACAUAAACCAAAAAGAAUAUCUUGAAGAUUCAAUCUGGAGAGAUUUUCAAGUGGUUAAUGUUAAGUUCUCUCUUCUUCAUUUUUUUUAUGUUGCAUUUUUCCACAGCAGUGUUUUAGUAAAGUGCAUUUGUUUCUGGGUGUUGAAAUAACCACGCCUGCGGAUAGGCUGCUAUUUCUCGCUUCGUUCUCAAACUGGGCGCUCAAUUAUAUUGUGAACGGAAUGGCCAUUGCAUCCAUGGUAUUGGUGUCGUCGACGACGGCAUUCAUUCCGUCGUCACUUGGAAGCAUUUCGGUGUAGGCUUUUCCUUAACCAUCUACCGCCGCAUGUCUCUAGGAACAUACGGUAACUUUCAACUUAAAUUAUCCGUAAACUAUUGAAUGUAGUAACCUGAGGA